UCUCCCUCUGUAGUGCAGAUGCAGCUCAGGGAAACGCAGGGAGCAUGAUAAGAACCCACAGCUGUAUGUACUGUGAAAUCCUCUCUUUCCUACUGAAUUCCCUUUUCCCCUCCUCUGAUCACUCCACGCACCGUCUCUCCCUUUCACAUCCAGCCUGUGGAGCCUCCUUAUCGGGAUACCAGUCUUCAUUACACGGAUUAGUAGACAGCUGCAGCACGCUGCUGUUUUGCAUAUGCUGUGAGGAAUGGGUAGCCUACUUACUACUACUGGAGCCUCCUGUUACACCCCUGGGUUAGCAGGAUCUCCAAGACCGCUGCUGGGAGCCGCCAUCCGGCCACAGGACCGACACCCCCGCCACAGCCGCCGGCUGCCUUACGGUUCUCCAUUCAUAGCGAGCCGUGGGCGGGGCCACCAUCUGCGUGACUGACAGGAGUAGGCGGAGCUCCGACCUCCGGGCGCAGCGACGUCACCACGCACAGGAGGAGGACGCCCGGAGCAUGGGUCGGAAGCGGUGCGUGGGAGACUGUUCCAAGAUGGCGGCGGGCUGCUGCGGGGUGAAGAAGCAGAAGCUUUCCAGCUCUCCGCCAUCUGGCUCAGGGGGCCCGGGCGGCCUGCACUGCAACGGGGAGAGCCAGUACCGCGGGGCGGAGCUGGGGCUAGGAGGCCCCGGGAACGGGCCUGGCGGGAGCAGCCGGGUGAACGGCCUGGGUUGUGGGAACAGCCUCUCCUCGGGCUGCGGGACUCUCUCCCCCGGCUGCGGCUCCAGCCUAAGUCCCGGAUCCCGGAAGAUGGUGGUGUCGGCGGAGAUGUGCUGCUUCUGCUUCGAUGUUCUGUAUUGCCAUCUGUACGGGUACCAGCCGCCCCGCACGCCGCGCUUCACCAAUGACCCAUACCCACUGUUUGUAACAUGGAAGAUAGGACGGGACAAAAGGCUGCGUGGAUGCAUAGGAACCUUUUCUGCCAUGAACCUGCAUUCUGGUCUCAGGGAGUACACACUUACCAGUGCCCUUAAAGAUAGCCGUUUUCCCCCAAUGACGAGGGAUGAGCUGCCACGGCUAUUCUGCUCAGUGUCUCUGCUUACAAACUUUGAAGAUGUAUGUGAUUACUUGGACUGGGAGGUGGGUGUACAUGGCAUUAGAAUAGAAUUCAUCAAUGAAAAAGGAUCCAAAAGAACCGCCACGUACUUACCGGAGGUUGCAAAGGAGCAAGGUUGGGACCACAUACAGACCAUAGAUUCCUUAUUGAGGAAAGGUGGAUACAAAGCUGCAAUCAAUAAUGACUUCAGGAAAACUAUUAAACUGACCAGAUACCGUAGUGAGAAGAUGACAAUGAGCUACGCGGAAUACCUUUCACACCGUCAGCAUCAUCAUUUUCAAAAUGGCAUCGGGCACCCCCUCCCACCAUACAACCAUUAUUCCUGACACUGAGCCGCAUGACCAGUCACUAGACCUCUCAGCAGAACUGUUCCCAGGGGACCCAGCUCCCUCUUGGUCUAGCUAUCUCUAUUACUGUACUAUUUUAUGAUGAUUGUUUCCGUUGUCCUGUUUACGCCUUGUUCCCCAUGACAAUGCUAACCAGGGCAACGGGUGGGAAGUCCUAUUAAGUACCCACAAUGUUUGUCUAUUUUUUAUUAGAAUUUUUUGAGCUACUGAUGUUUUUUUUUCUACAUUUUUUGCAGCAUAUUUUUCUCCCUUUUACAUUUACUUCUUACAUUAUUUUACAGUUUGUUUUUGCUAACCUUGAUCCCUACUGUUCAGGGUUUUUUCAAUGAUUGUGGAUGGAAGGACGUGUUUUAAUAAUGAAGGAUCUGUGAUUGACUUAUAGUUCUUUGCGCGUGUUUAGUUAGUUCAUGUCCGGUACAUAUCUGUUUUAUUUAAAUGCGUGUUUCAGAGUUAGCAUACAUUGUGUUACCUGGUAGGGCUUUUCUGGGCAUGGAUGGGUGAGCUUUGUCCUUGGCAUUUCCACAGAUUUUCAAUUAAUUUUUUAAGAAAAUAAUCAGGCAGUAAUUGUAUUUAGUGACAGUAUCUGGUUCAUUACUCAUUUGGUGGAUGAGUAACAUAAUGUUUCGUUCUAUCCCUUUCAAUUGUUAAUGAGCGGUGAGAACCUAUGGCUGAGGUGUUUACAUAUAACGGCAGCACCAGAAAAAAAGGUAGAUGAUGGAAAUGUUAUACCUUUACACGGUUACAUUAUUUUUUUUUUAUGAAAACCCUACCUCAGAAUUGCCUUGCAGUGUUAGAUAUCAUGUCUUUAGAUUAACUGUAUUUGGUUAACCAAAUUCCUUUUUAUUAAUGCUUGGAUGCACAAUGAUCUACCUUUCUGCUGCAAGUUCCAUCCGCUGUCACACCACGGGUCUCAUUUACCUUUAAAAUCUUUGUAAAUGCCAAAGGGGCUGUGUGCCGCUGGAAGCUAAAUACAGUGUAACUCUUAUUCUCUGUUUAAGUAGAUAAUUGAAUUGAUCAGGGAUGAGUCUGUGUAGGAUAUCCAGCCGUUUUACCACUGGUCUGUGCUUAGGCAAAAAGCUGGCUACCGUCUGUUAGGUGUGGUUUCAUUUUAGAUUGGUAGGAAAAUGUGAUGCUUUUAAUGUAGGACUGUGAGCAGAAGGCUGGAGGAAGCGGAUGUUAACUUGCGUGACGUGUAAUGUGCUUUUUAUGCAAAUCUAGCUGUACUUUUUCCCUGCUCAAGUGCCAUUACCAUCUUCAUAGCUUUACAGAUCUCAGGCUCAAAUACAGUUGAUAGAUUGUCCAUAGUGUGGGUGCUGAGAAAACUUCUGAUACAGAUUAUUAGACCCACCAUGCAUAAAAGUGAGCAAAGCCCUCACUAAACACAUCUGAAGGUGGACUUUGUUCAUAUGAUGAAAAGGUGAACAAGCCAAAUAAAUCCGUUUACAGAGUACACCCAGGAAUACAGUUAGAACUGGAAAGUAGAAUAUGGGUAAAUGCAUUUACUGGUUCUCACUAUAUAGUAGGCUUCUAGAUAAGGCUAUAACCUUGAUCUGGUUUUCUGUUGGUGGUCAGAUUUGUAACCUCUGAUGCCGGAUGGGCUCUUUGAACAGCUGUCAUAGCCCUUCUGGCUACAAAGGCGUUACACACUACAGCGACUCCUUCAUCCACAUCAUGUUCAAAGCAUUGGUCAUGGUCAAUGCUGCUGACCCUCAGUAGCAAAGGUUGUUUCCUCUCUUUGGAUGCCUUAAGUAACUCACAUGCUGCCAGAACACAUUGCAGUGGAGAUCUUGUGCUGUCUGGGCGGCUUCCAAAGUUUGUCAGAACAAUACGCUGUACGGUCUCCAGUCAGCAGGAGGGGUGUGAAUAUUUUUGUCUCUCUCUUCCUCCCCACACUCAGGUGCAUGGAGUACGAGUACUUUAUUUUGUUCCUUUUUUUCCCCCCUUACAGCUUUCAUUGUGUGACAUUCUCUAGGGGAGUUCUCAAGCUGUCUCCCUUUACAUCAGCCCUUUGUUUUGCAUCCAUCAAACAAAGUGAGCACAAAUGAAAUCAUGAAUUCUGCUGCAAAAAAUCUAUUUUUACCAGUACUGACCCAGCAAAGCAAUUUGAUUUUGCUGGUGCAGGUUGCUACACAUUCUUUUCUGAAUGAGCUUUAGAAAUUAUUUUUUUUUGUUUUUAAAAACAAUGUAUAUAAAGGUGCUAAUCAUCCUUGCACAAGGUCCCGUGACUGGUCAUGCCAACUCAAAGAUCAUAUCAGAUUUUUACUAUCCUCGAUAUAUGCAGAUAUUAUACAGAUGUUUCUUACCAUGUAAUAAUGCGAUACUGAUGAAAUGCCAAUCCUGCAGGUUUUGAUAGUACGAGGUCAGCAAUACUUCCCAGCAUGGCUUAGGGGAGAAUGAAAAAAAAAAAAAAAAAAAAACACAAAAAGGAUUGUUUGUGUGUCCUUUUGUAUACAGCCUAGUGCAAAAAUGCAGUCGUCUUAGUAGCUGUUAAUUAGCAAAAAAAAAAGUUGUCUAAAGAUUGUUAUACAAUUGUGGUGGUGUACUGCUUGAUUUUUUUCUAUAGAUAUCAGUAUAUAUCUCUCUAGUUUAGUGUUCAGCUGCCUCUUACACUACAGUUGAAACUACAUUUUCUGUUUGGCAUCUACUGAAGUACCAAACACUUUGGAUCUUACACUACAAGCAGCCCAAUUUAAAUCGCAACACUAGAGAUUUGCUUUGCUACGGGACAUACGAUUUCCUUCCUAAGUAAUGCCUCACAUUCUCCCAUCUGUCACCUACUAGGCAAUCCAUUGGAUUGGUGUUCUGUGAAGCAGUCAUUCAUUUCUGUAGCUGGAUUUUAGUCUUGGCUCAGUCAUUGGCUGCAGGAGUGAGCUCAGACCACAAAGCACGUAUCAUAAGUAGAUACAUUGUCCCUUCUAUCAUGACUGAUACCAGGAGGUCCAGCUGUGCAAUUACACCCACUGGUAAAUUUUUAAUUAUAUUUUUGUCAUUUACAUUCUUUACUUAUGCCAAAAUUUUAAAUCCAGUUGAGCCUCAGUUUUAUUUAAAUGUAUAAUGAAAAUUCGGCCAACUUUCAAACCAAAUGGGUAUUUUAUAAUAGGAGAUCAGGAGAUUUAGCAGGAAUAAGGUAUUUUUUUACAUUUUAGUAUGGUCUGGUAGAGAAUGUAAAUGCUUUUAUUUAGUCCCUACAGUAGAAGGAAAUUAUGAUAGCCCUACAUUCUACAAAUGCAGAAAGGAGCUGUAACUAGUUUUAACCAAUCAUAUCCUAUAUUUAACUUUUCUGUUGUGGUUUGGAAUAUGAAACUAGGCUUCUGAUUGGUUAUUUACUACAGGAUAUUUUAUGUGCUCUAGAAGUGACACCAAUAUGUUAAACCAAACUCCUCAUGCAUACAGAAUAAUUCUGUACAAGGUCUGCUGUACAGACUAGACUGCCAUCUACAGUAAGUGCACGCAAAGGUCUUCUCUUGUAAGCCACAUUCAUUUUGCUUACAAAAGUCACCAUAAAAUGACUGCUAUACAGAGGACACAGUGGUAUUUUAUCCCUAAUAAUAGUCGGGGUGGGGGUCCAUUUUUUCUUUUCUUUUUGUAAAUGCCCUUCUUACUAAAUACAUUAGCAUUAUUUUUCCGGCAUCCCUACUUUGUUGUCAUACCUAUGCGCUAAUGUAUUUAUAGACUAAUGCACCACUCACUUGUAUAACAUUCUUUUUAUGGCUCGUCUUCAAAUGUGCAGGUUUCUUAAAAGUAAAUUAACAAAAAUUCGUCUGAGAUAGAUUUCAUCUCUUGUAUGUUAGACCAAACCAAAGAAACCUCUGGCCAUACUCUAAUGCUGCUCCUUAAAGCCUUUUAGUUCUAUCAAACUAUCCUGCAGGAUUAUAUGAUGUUAAACUUUUUUAUUUUUGUACAGUUUCUAACAGAUUUUUUUCUAGUGAUGUUUAAGUGAAUCAAGUUUAUUUGAGGAGACUGGAAACAAAACGCAUCCUCUGUUUAAAUAAACUUAGAAUUCUUUUUUUUUUCCCUAUUCAUUCUUUUCUCUAAGGAACCCUUCUUGUGUGCCUCUGAGAUUUAUAGGGUUCCAAGUUACAUUCAUUCUUAAGACCAGCAGAGAAUCUUUCUGUUAGAAGUAACUUUUUUCUUUUUUUUAUAUUACUGUUACGGGGAAAAAAAAUAAAUAAAAAAAAAUGAAAAAAAAAAUAAACACUGCGCUGGACCCAGUAUCUACGCUGGUUGAAAAACGCACUGAGAAAGUGAACUUAUGUUUGAAACUUUUGUAUAAAACCUUCAAUGACUGUUUUUAUAUAUCAAAGUUGAUUCUUUUUUCAGAAAUUUUUUGGGAUCUAGUUUCUAAGUUAGUGUUUUUAUAUGUUACAGAAGAAAUUGCUUUGAAUAUAUCACCAGCUUGAUGGCAAAGCAGUGGUGAUCACCUUCAAAGCUCAAGAUCCUCAGAAUGCAUUGUAGAGCAAUGUCUUGUGGGCUUCUUCAGCUACGAAGGCUCUAUAUAAAAUGGGGCGUGCGGCUGCCUGGAGUAGCUGCAGCCCCCCUCUACUUAUUAACUUGAUUAUGAAUUUACAGUGACAUCACAAAGUACAUACUCUCCUUUCCAUUAUACUAGAUCCUUCCCUCCACAUAUAGUUGCUAUUAGUGUGAAGAAACUGUUAUAAUGGGCAUUUUAUUAUGAUAGGUAAGACUAAAAAAAGGUAAAAAUGGAGAAAAGGCAAAAAAAAAAUCUAUAUAUAGAAGGUUAUUUGUGGGUCUGUGAGCUAUGGCUGUUGAAAGAUAUUGUAGUAGUUUUAACACUAUUGUUACCUUUUAAAUUACCCAAUAAAAUAUGAAAAAAGACUGACAA